AAAGUUUUCAGAGAUUCAUUUUUAUUAACUGCGCAUGUUAUUAAGUAUUGCAGUUGUGCAUUCGACGACAGAACUAUACAGAAAUAGCGUUAUUUUCAAUUCAAAUAAAGGAAUUUAAACAACUACAAUAUAAAGAAGGUCAGAAAAAAAAAAUCAAAUAUGGGAAGAGAUAUAGACAGACUUACAAUCGUUAGCAUGAAUGCUUCUGGAAGAAAAAGACGGCAAUAUCAGGACUAUCGAAAGUCUUAUUUAAAAGAUGUAAUCGGAGACAAUGAACCCGACUUAUUAUUUCUGCCCGGAGACGAUCCUGAUAUGUCGUCCUCAGAACUAAAUGAUUAUCGCCAAACACAAGUCCAUCAUAACCACGAAACUGUACUUUUGUACGAUACGAAGAGAUUGAAAUUGAGUACACCAGAUUGGUACGAUAUGGUGCCAUCUAUGGUAGUUCCUGGCAUACAACAAGGCAAGUUAAUGUAUCCUUUGUUCGAAGUCUUGGCUCCAAAACCCACUCAACAUACGGUCAAGAAAUUUCAUUGCAUCAGCUGGCAUUGGGAGCUUACUCAAACAACAUCACAGGAACUCUAUCAGUUUGCGUCUCGGUAUCUAUGGCUUGCACAAUAUCUUGGAUGGACUUCUAAAGUAGAGAUCUUGAUUGGAGGCGACUUUAAUUUGCCAAUUAAGAAGAUACAAGAGCUUCUAGAUGAACACAAUACCCUCAUUCAAAAGGGCGUCGAAGAUAUUAAACCAUUUUUCAGGAAACAUGGAUAUAUGGAUGAAAUGACAGAAUAUAUACAAGAACCAGGAUGUGCACUCCGACAACUUAAACUCCACAAGUGUAAGUCGGUGGCAGGGAUUAACGGGGACACCAACUACUUUGUCGCAUCAAAAGAAAUGAAUCUAUGUAAGACCGAAAUGAUGACAGCGUCAACACUUCCAGGAAGAUGCACCACUCUGACGAUGAACAGGCCAGCUGUACAGAAUUUCUGUCCAUUGCCAACGAAGACACAGAUGUGUAUUCCAGCAAGGCCACCAAGACACAACGGUGGUUAAAAUCUUUUCCUUUUAUUUUGUUUAUUAAAUUACCUGUAUAUAGAUUCUAAGUAUUAUUCGUAAAGGUUGUCUUUCGCCUUUAUCUGGUUUCAUUUUAUUAGUAUAUAUGUUUAUUUUAUCCUUCAAAAAUAGAAAAAUAAAUAAAGGUAACAAAUCCGAGAAAAAAAAUUAUGAAAUUUAUAGGUUUAUUAAGUAGUAAUUACUCUGUAAAUAAAGACUGUUUUACUAUAUUAUUUUGAUAUUUUACAUGUUAAUAUUGUGAUUGAUUUAUUAUGAUUCAAAUGGAUUGGAAACGAUGAUAUUGUGUUUACACUUUAAAGCAUUAUAUGACUUGUUGAAGACUAAUAUUUGCAGACAUAUACAUACUCUUCUUUUAUUAGGGAGUUUCUGAAUCCACUGUGUAAUAUUGAUACAUAAAACAUUAUUUACUUCGUUUUACAAAAUGAUUUAUGCAAGCCUUAUGUGGAAUUAUGUGUACAUUGUAUUGUCUUCCUUCGGACAGAUAUGUUUUAUAUGUAUUUAGUUUAAUUUUUAUAAAUAAAGUUUAUGUUAAUAUA